CAAAACGAAAUGGCCAACUCGCUGGAGCAGAUUCGCGCCCUGGGCACCGUCGUGGUGGCUGACACGGGCGACUUUGAGUCAAUGAAGUCCUUCCGUCCGACUGACGCCACCACCAACCCGUCGCUGAUGCUGGCCGCCGCCAAGCUGCCGCAGUAUUCGCAUCUCUUUGAUAAGGCCGUCGAGUACGGUAAGGCACAUGGUGGCAAAGAGACGCUGGAGACCACCCUCGACUACCUGUGCGUCCUCUUUGGCGUGGAGAUUCUCAAGAUCAUCCCGGGGCGCGUCUCCACCGAGGUCGAUGCUCGCCUCAGCUUCAACACCGAGGCGUCCAUCAAGAAGGCCCGGCAGAUCAUCGCUCUGUACGCGAAGGAGGGCAUCCCCAAGGAGCGCGUCCUCAUCAAGUUGGCCACCACCUGGGAGGGCGUCAAGGCGGCGGAGGUGCUGGAGAAGGAGGACGGCAUUCACUGCAACCUGACGCUGCUCUUCAGCUUCGCCCAGGCAGUGGCUUGCGCCGAGGCGGGCGUCACCCUCAUCUCGCCCUUCGUCGGUCGCAUCUACGACUACUACGUGAAGAAGACGGGCAAGGCCGUGUACGAGAACCCGGCGGACGACCCGGGCGUGCAGUCGGUGACCACCAUCUACAACUACUACAAACACCACGGUUACAAGACGGUGGUCAUGGGCGCCUCCUUCCGCAACAUCAGCGAAAUCAAGGCACUGGCCGGCUGUGACCUGCUCACCAUUGCCCCCUCGCUGCUCGCCCAACUGGAGGCAGAAAGCACCGUCAAGGUGGAGAAGGCCCUGGACGCCGCCACUGCCCCCCAGAAGGACCUCUUUGCGGAGAAACUGCACUACGACGAGGCCAAGUUCCGCUGGGAGCUGAACGAGGAUGAGAUGGCCACUGAGAAGCUGGCCGAAGGCAUUCGAAAGUUUGCCGCCGAUGUUCGCACUUUGGAGGCGCUCAUCAAGAGCAAGCUGAAUCGUAUAACUUAG